AUCGAUGGAGGCGGGGCUGGUACAAUCGGCUUUUCCUUUUUUUCAAUGAAUCGUUCCAGUGAAAUUCGGGAGGAUGUGAGGGCGCAUGCGUUAAAGUUGUAGCUUGGUGUUCGGCGUGAUGCGGCGUCUGCAAUUGUCUCUUGGGAUUUCGCAUGUUUGUAUUCUGUUUCUGUUUACUGUGUGCUGGGGAAGUAGCUCAUCAGAUGCACACUGGAAAAAAUUCCUUGUUCAAAUUGACGAGGCAGUGAAGAACUACAGCCCAUGUGUGAAAGAUAAUUGUGAGUGCCAUCAAAGAGUUAGGGAACAAGACUUGGCUCCUUUUCGAGAUGGAAUCUCUGAGGAGUUGCUGUCGGAAGCAAUCAGUCGAAAGCUUGGGACACACUAUCAGAUCAUUGAGAAGAAGUUAUACCGGGAACACGAUUGCAUGUUCCCUGCAAGAUGUAGUGGGGUUGAGCACUUCAUCCUGGAAAUUAUUCAGAACCUUCCUGAUAUGGAGAUGGUCAUCAAUGUGCGGGACUACCCUCAGGUAGCCAAAUUUAUGAAACCAAGAGUGCCUGUUUUAUCUUUUAGCAAGACUACAGAAUACUAUGAUAUUAUGUACCCUGCCUGGACAUUUUGGGAAGGGGGACCAGCUGUUUGGCCAAUAUAUCCUACAGGCCUUGGGCGUUGGGACCUAAUGAGAGAAAACCUCCAAAGCUCAGCAGAAAAAUGGCCCUGGAAGAAGAAAAUUUCCAAAGCCUAUUUUCGAGGAUCCAGGACAAGUGCAGAACGGGAUCCCCUCAUUCUUCUUUCUCGAGAGAAUCCAGAUCUUGUUGAUGCAGAGUACACUAAGAACCAAGCUUGGAAAUCUGAAAAAGAUACCCUUGGGAGACCACCUGCAACAGAAGUUCCACUGGUAGAUCAUUGUAAAUUCAAAUACCUCUUCAAUUUUCGAGGAGUUGCAGCCAGUUUUCGCUUCAAACACCUUUUCCUGUGUGGUUCUUUGGUCUUUCAUGUUGGAGAAGACUGGCAAGAAUUCUUCUAUCCACAACUGAAACCCUGGGUUCACUAUAUCCCAGUUCAGUCCGAUCUUUCUAAUGUGAGAGAGCUAUUGGAAUUUGUAAGAGAAAAUGAUGAUGUUGCUCAAAGAAUUUCUGAGAGGGGUCGCCAGUUCAUCAUGGACCACUUGCAAAUGGAGGACAUCUCUUGUUACUGGGAACAACUUCUAAAGGAGUAUUCUAAAGCCUUGACUUAUAAAGUAAAACGGAAGAGCAACUAUAAUGAGAUACUGCCCAGACCUUUGAAAACUGAACUGUAAAAAAAAUCAGGGCUUAUGGACAUUUUGAAAUCAGGAAAGGAGGAUUGUUCCUCUAACCAGUGGAAGUUCUUUCUGCGUGUUGACAAACUAAAGAGAGAAGGAUAUUGUUGCUACUUACUGCAGUGUAUGAAAUGAUAAUGGCAGACUGUGAAUUUUAUUUUAUAUUGUGGUCAGUAAAAUUAUGUUAAGAAGAGGGUGGAAAUUUUGCUGAGUCCUAGCAUUUUUAAAAAUUUCUUGAUAAUUGUUACUCAUUUCUACUUACCACAGUGUCAUAUUGAUCCUACUUUGUGGGUUAUAAUUGCUAAAUGAAUCAUUAAUCUAUUAAUGAAAUCAUCCUGAAUUGUUGUGAAACAUUGAAUUCCAUUUGACUAAUGUACCAAUACAUUUCUGAUACAGUUUAAUUCAUCGGGAAGCCCAUCAUUCUAAAAUAAGCUACUGAACAUUUCUGGAAAGCUUGUAAUCAAAUACAGGUAGCCCUCACCUUAUAAAAGUUAAUUUACUGACACUUCAACAGGACUGAAAAAAGUGACAUGACCAUUUUUCACAUUACAGCAUCUCCAUGGUCACAUGAUCAAAAUUCAGAUGCUUAGCAACUGAUUAAUCACAAUUGAAGUGUCCCAGGGGUCACAUGAUCACCUUUUGAGACUUUCUGAGAAGCAAAGUCAAUGGGGAAGUCAGAUUCACUUAGCAACCAUGUUACUAGCUUAAUAGUAUAGGGGUUCAUUUAACAACUGUGGCAAGAAAGGUCAUAAAAUGGGUCAAAGCUUACUUAACAACUGUCUCGCAUAACAACAAAAAUUGUGGGUUUAAUUGUAGUCGUAAAUCAAGGAUUACCUGUAAUUGUGAUUAUUUUGUCCAGCUCUGGAGGGCUGGCCUACUAUUUAAACAAUUUGUAAUACGUCUCAGGUUUCUCUUCAUACAUACUGUUUAAUCAAUUACUGCUUUAAUUAAAUAAUAAUUAAUGAGCAGUAUAUUAGCCAGUAGGGAUACUUUACUUGGAAUCCCAGAUGUAGAAUACAGCAUCUUUUGCAAAAAGUUUAUUUUUUUUCUGAGAUGGGGGACAGUGGCUUGGGCUGUACUAGUCUUCUUAUUCUCUUUUCUUCAUAUUAAUGGUUGCAACAUCACGAAUGUCCAAAAGACUAAUUCAAAUUAAAGAAUUAAUCUAUUUCA